AUUUUGAAUGAUUUCUGAGAGAAUAUUGUCGAUAUUUUCACGCAGAUUAUGGAAGAAAAAGCCAUUGAGGCACCUCCAGAUGUUCCAUGGGUACCUCCUGAUGUGAAAACUACUGUAACAUGCAGACAGGAUACGUGUAAGGCAGCAGAUUCAGACCAACCCGACAGUAUGGCUGCUGAGGUGUUACACACAGCAGAUUCUAAAAUUCCACAUUUGGACCAGACUCUCUUGGGAUCCUCAAAAGACAUUUCAACUAGAUCACCAUUCACAGAAUCAGACUGUACAAUUCCAGUUAACACAUGCACACUGAUGAAAUGCACUCAGUUACCUGUGGACUCAAAUGGCAGUGAACCACCUAAGGUGCUGAACAGCCCUGAACCUCUUUCAUGCCAGGAACCAUGUGUAUCAUCUGCCCUAGAUGUGGAAACAAGUGGUGGAAACAUCCCUUACCAACUCUCCACAUUGUCAGACCCACUUAACAAUCAUUCAGGCUCCAAUGACAAUGAGACCAGCACUGAAAUUAGUCCCUCCCUGGACGUGUCACCUGUCACAAUGAAAUCAGAGGAGGUUGCAGUCGAGGAUACUGUUAUAAAGGCCUCAGAUGUUUGCAGCACAAGCACUGAUGAUCCAUCUGUGAUGAAUUCUAGCUUGCUAAGUAGUCAGGCAUCAACAUUGGAAUCUCUUGAUGCGACAGUAAGAGAUGAUGGCUGUGAUCUGGAUGCUUCCAAAUACAGUCAUGUGGAUACAGGUGACUAUAACGAAGAUGGUGUACCAAUAGAGUAUGAUGAGCCUGAAUUUGUGUGGGAAGAGUACCUUGAGGAGACUGGAUCUUCGGCAGUUCCUCCAACAGCAUUUAAACAUGUGGAAUGCAGUUUACAGAGUGGCUUUGUGAAGGGUAUGAAGCUUGAAGUGCCUAACAAAGAUGACACAUCCACGUUUUGGGUGGCAUCUGUUGUGAUGACCUGCGGUCCGUUACUAAGGCUGCGAUAUGAGGGCUAUGAGGAUGACAGCUCCGCAGACUACUGGUGUGACCUCUCAACCUCUGAAGUGCAUCCCAUUGGAUGGUGUGCACAGAAUGACAAAACUCUUCAGCCUCCUGAAGGUAUCAAAUCAAAAUACUCUGACUGGGGGGAGUUUUUACUCAAGGCGUUGACAGGUGCAAGAACAGCCCCUUCUUACCUACUGGACAAAAGCACAGGAACAACCCCUAUUGACCAGAUCAAGCGAGGCAUGAAGUUAGAGCUUCAGGAUGCCUCUAACCCUCUUCAUGUGUGGAUUGUGAAGGUGAUAGAGAAUGUAGGUGGGAGGCUUUACCUGCGGUUUGAGGGGGCGGAGACUGGUAGUGGUGACUUCUGGUUGUUUUACCUGGAUCAUCGGGUUCAUCCAAUUGGAUGGGCAAAGGAAAGAUCUGGGUACAUCUAUGAGCCCCCUGAAGAUCUGAAGGUAAAUGUGAAGGACUUGGACAGUGUCCUGGAGACAGCUCUAAAGGAAGCCAAAGAUUCUUCACUUCCUCCUGACGUACUGAAGGACCAAGUAGAAAUAAUAGAACAUCGGUUCCAAGUGGGCUGCAAGCUAGAAGCCCUGCAUCCUGUGACAAGAAACCAAAUAUGUCCAGCAACAGUCACAAAGAUCCUUAGCAGGAAGUAUUUUGUGGUGCAGAUUGACUCUUUCCUGACAGAGGAGAAGCCAGUGGAGUUCUGCUGCCAUGCCCUUUCACCUGGCAUCUACCCCACUCAGUGGUGCAUGGGCAAUGGCAUCAAACUCACUCACCCAAAAGGGUGGAUUAAGUCUGAUUUCAACUGGUCAGAGUACCUGAGUUACUGUGGAGCUUUAGCAGCACCUGAUACAUGGUUUAACAUGAUUGUGCCUCCGCAUGAGUUUGAGCGUGGCCUUAAGUUGGAGGCUGUUAACCCAGUGUCCCCAAACCAGGUGUGUGCCGCAACCAUCACAAAGCUGUCUGACCGCCUUCUGUGGAUACACCUGGACAGUAACGUCAAAGUGGUAGCUAGUCACAUUGAGGAUAUAGAAUCUCACAACCUCUUCCCCGUAGGCUGGUGUGAAAGUAAUGGCUACCAGCUUAAACCUCCACGGAAAGGGAGUUCAAAACCUGGCAAGAGAGUAGCUGUGGUGCAGCCUGAGAGAGUGGAGGGUCAGAAUACUCAAAUUCCUAGUGACCUUGCAGGCAAUAGCUGGUGUCCAAAGAUCUACUUCAACCACAAGUGUUUCUCUGGCCCAUACCUGAGUAAGGGUCGUAUUGCUGAGCUGCCUAAGUGUGUAGGCCCUGGUCCUAUCCUGCUGGUCAUGAAGGAAGUGCUGUCCAUGCUGAUCAAUGUGGGCAUACAAGUCAUGCGGGUGCUCAGAGAGAUACAGAUGGAAGGGGCCAAACCAAACAUGCAUCAACAAGUUCUCAAAGCCAAAUAUAAAACCAAAAGCUACCGUGCUGUGGUGGAGAUUUGUAAGAACCUGGAGCAACUCGAUGAAUUCUGGCGACAGAUCUGUAUUAAGUUGGAGUGUUGUCCCAACCUCAUCAGUCCCCAUUUUGUGGGCGAUCACUGUCCCGAGACCUGCUCCCUAGCUCACCAAAACCAAAUACACUUAUUACCUAUGAAAACGAAACGUGAGGAUGUGCUGAAGUUACAUUCCAACCCAUUGACAUGGAGCGUGGGACAGGAAAUAGAUGGCCAGGCGUUGCUGUUGCUAACCCUUCCUACCGUACAAGAACACAUGGAACUCAAGCUUGGACCUGCAAUCAAAUUGUGUCACCAUAUCGAGAGAGUUAAGAUUGCCUUUUAUGAGACAUAUGCUAAGUAG